CGUGGCCUCACCCGCCCCGCCUUAGCUCCAGCGCUAGAGAGAAACAUGUAUCGUUUCCGAUCACAGCUCUUCACGGGGAUUUCUGCUGCCGCCACCGCCCACUCUUACCCGCGCCGCUUCUCGCCUCUGUUGUUAGUCGAAAACUCGCCUCUCAGCCGCCCGCCGCACAGACGCACGAGUAAAAAGUGCAGCUCCAUCGGCUGA